UAGUCGUGGCCGAGUGGUUAAGGCGAUGGACUAGAAAUCCAUUGGGGUCUCCCCGCGCAGGUUCGAAUCCUGCCGACUACGGCGCAGCGCGCCCUUUUCUCCCCGCGUUUCCCAGCGCUCCUUUUGCGCCGCAGCCGGCACGCAUCCGGCCGGGCCGCAGCCAGCCCGCGGGGGGGAGGGAGGCGGGACCCCGUGACGGGCGCUUGGCUGCCGGCCGCGGCCUCUGCUCCCGGGGCGGGCCGGAAGGAGCCCGCUCGCCCGCCAUGCAGCACAGCGCGGCGCCCGCCGUGCUGGUCACCACCAGGCAAAUUCAGAAUACACACACUGGGCUGGAUUUGUCAGUGCCGGAAUACCAGGAGGUCCGUGGGAAGAUGAUGUCUGGCCACGUGGAGUAUCACAUUGUCGUCGUUACCCGACUGGCUGCCUUCAAAUCAGCAAAGCACAAACCUGAGGAUGUUGUUCAGUUUAUGGUGUCCAAGAAGUACAGCGAGAUAGAGGAGCUCUACCACAGACUGUCAGCACGGUAUCCACAUGCUUCCCUUCCACUCUUGCCUAGAAAAGUUCUCUUUGUGGGAGAAUCUGACAUCUAUGAACGAAGAGCAAUGUUCAAUGAUAUCAUGAAAUUCAUCUCAAAAGACGAGGAUCUAGCAACGAGUCCUGAGUUACUGGAAUUUUUAGGAACAAAAUCUACUAGUGUCAUUGACUUCAGGGGUAAAAACGUUGCUGACGACAAAGAGAAAGACGAUGAAGAAAAUGAUGCAUUGGAUUUUUUCAAAGAGGAGAAGACACCUGACUUAAUUUCAAAGCUUGCAGCACUGGAGAAUGCCAAGAAAGAUGAGAAAGAAGAAGAGGAAGAGGAGGAAGAAGAUUUAGACCCUCUUGGUAUAAUCAGAACUAAAAAAACAAAGAAGGCAUCUGUUCUUCCAGCCAAGGAAGAGAAGCAGAAAUUAAUCAUUUUUGAAGAGGAAGUAGACCCAAACGAAGGACUGUUUGGCCCAGAGAAAGAUUUCUCAUCACUUGGUCCCAGGAAGAAGAUGAAAGAGAAUGUGAAAUUAUUUGAAGAUCCAGACCUUGGUGGAAUGGUAAGAUUGGGUGACGCGCUGCUGUUGCCAGCUGCCUGUGAGAAAAGGGAGCACAUUCCAAACGCAGGUCCUGAGGAAGACACUGAGGAACUGCUAAGGUUGUGCAAAAGCAGCAGAUUGGAGUUAAAGGAUGGAUUCCAUGGAGUUAAAGUACAAGCUGAGCUAAAACCCUAUGUAAAUAAGUAUGAAACCAGGAAUGUAGCUAUGCUCAUAUUUCCUUUCACAGCAGCUAAAGGUAAGACUAUAUAUGGGCAAAGGAAGUUCCUGAUCCUGUCUGUUCUCACAGUGUCCUGGUGCAACUACGAAGCUUGUUUAUCCCACUCUGCAGCAGGAGAACAAAGGCACAAAGGAAAAAACAACUGACUUGCCAGAGCCAUUGAAGAGAGAAGCAGAAGAGAACUGAAGUCAGGACAGCCUUCCUAUUGCACAACCUGCAGUCAUGAGCCAACCACUGCAUAUUUAACUGAGGGCUGAGGAAUCUUCAUCUCCACUUUAUGCAGUGCUACUCAGGAAACUGAUUGCAUUUCAGUAUUUUUGGCCUGCAGCCUGGCACUUGACAUGAACACUGCUACAACUACCAUAUGAAGAGUCGUGGAUUUAACGAGCCCUAGACUGAGUGCAGAUCUUUACCCUUAGUGAAGGUUCAACACAGGAAAAUUAUUAAGAUUUCUUCUAGUAAGUUAGCAAAAUAAUAGAAUACAGAGCUGGCAGGGGUCUGUGAAGACCAGUUUGUCCUGCCCAAAGCCUGGCCUGUGUCCCACUAGUGGCAGUUCUUACUGUUGUGGACAGGGUGUUAUUGGCGUGAAGUUGCUGCAGCAAGGUUUGGCAGGUGCCAGAGCUGAAAAAGGUGCCUGAACACAGGCAGACUGAAGACAUCCUUGAGCAUGGCAAGUGAUUUUUUCUUGCGGUGGCUGUAAUUAUGCCUGUGUGUUCUCUCUCAUAGGCAUUUUUCUAACCAGCCCUUAGAAGUUUGGCUGGGCAGAGUGCUGGAGAUGUCAUAGCCUCCAUGGGGGUGCUAUUAUAUAUAGUUCUUGGCCAUUCUAUUAGAAAUGUUUUCCUACUGUCUGACAUAACUGUUCCUUACUGCAACUUAGAUUUGUAAUUUCUAAUUCUCAUCAGCACAGAAAGAACAAAGUAUGCCUCUCAGUCUGUUUUCUAGACUGAACACCCACCCAGUGAGGGAGGCAGCAAGCCAGGUCAGGACAUCACCAUGGUACUGGCUUCCCACGACGCGGUGAUGUCCUGGCUGAGUAUUGUCAUCUCACGUUGGACUUCUCCUGCUUUUAGAAUUGCUACAUACUCACGUGCCAAUUUGCCAGCAUCCCACACCCUUUCCUUAACACUUGGUGUGGUGCCACAGUCUGCAGCCUUUGUUCCUGAGCUCAGAAAUGGUUCACACUUCUGCAAAGCAGUGGGAGGGCAGAUAUUAUGCAUUACUAUUAUAACCAUGGGAACAUUCCCAGUAAUACUGAUGAAACAGCAGUAUAGCAAUAUUCAUUUAAACUGAGCAGGGAAUAUUUUGUCCUCAACCCUUCCCUAAAUUGUCAAAUUACCUAACCAGCACAGGGAAGGAAGAGCUGUUAAUUGUUUCCUGUGGUAGAUUUUUAAGAUGAUUUCAAGGUCUGUUUUACUUCAGAAAAAGCUCUUUUCUGUCAAGCAACUAAUGUGAAAGGAUCCGUCAUAAAUCCCAGUGUAACGCAUUUGUUUUACAAUGCAAAUGUCUAGCUCCAGUAAUAUUUAUAGGCACUUAGAGGUGAGUUACAGUCUUUGAAUAAAUUAUAUGUAAUGAAUCAUUAUUAUACAGGAGAAGAAUGUCAGGCAAAUGCAGCUCAGAAAAAUUGAACAUAUUAUUGGAAAUGGCAUUGGGAAACCACACAACAUACUUUGCAUCCUGCCAGACCAGAGCUUUUCUUUCGCAUACAUCACUCCCAGUAGCAGAUAUUUUAUUAGCCUCCUCUUGACAGCUCUUGAAAUUCAGUUACGGACUCUGGUGUAGUUCUUGGCUGACAGGCAUCACCUUAUGACAUUAAUAACAGCUAGCUCAUAAGAGGAUCUGAAAAGCAGUGGAGUUAAAUUUAAACCCUUAAAAAAGAUAUUUUCUUUAGUAAUUAGAACUCAUAAUAGGUAUCUCUAUUGCAUUAGAAGCUGCUGCUUGUUUUGCAUAACCUUCUGCUUGUUGUAUGGUACAGCACUAAAAACAUGGAACUCUAUACAUCGUUAUUUGGAUCACAGUUAAAAUGCUGAUUUCACUACUUUGGGUGUUUCACAGAUGAACGGUGGAUCAUCUGUUCAUAUCAGUUCUGUGCUGCAUUUUUAGUAAAGCUAAUUCACACAUGGUAUUUAAGACCUAGCUUGGUGUGGCGAUUUGGGCUGGAUCUGAAGAAAUUGAAACUGAUAGUUCUGCAUUGUAGCUGAGCUUGCAGCUGGAGUACACAAGUCAGUCUGUAAUUUAAGGUCAGGAAAACCCAGCACACUCAUAGGGGCACUUAGGCAUUAGCUAAUGAAAGGAGACUGUAAAUGACCAAUCCCUAUGGUUGUUAGAUUUAAUACAGAGUACAGAAAAAGCAUAUUUCACUUAGAUAUGUGACUGUUGGUACUCUCAUCAAGGCAUCUGCCUGGGCUAUACGCAGUGCUUGAAGCCCUUCCCUUCCCCUGAAGGACCAGGGCUGUAGUGAUCUGUUUAAUGGUUCUUUGGUGAGAUGAGCCCCAUGGUUUUUCAAAUGAACAUAAAAGCAAACAAAAUAAAAUUACUAAAUUCCUGGGGUAA